AUGGACUAUAUGCACGAAAUUGUUGUUCAAAGUGAAGAUAAUAUUUUACAACCUGGUUUUAUUUGCACAAGUGGGAAUAGUAGUAGUGGUAUACAAACUUCGUUAUCAACUGCUAUUACUAUUGAUGUUUAUUUUAUUCCAAUAUUUCUUACUCUUGAUACUAUUUCAAUAGUAAUUUCAUAUAUAGGAGAUAAUACGUUUAAUGGUUUUGUCUCUUCUUUAAUUACUAAAAAAGAAAAAAAUAGUGAUAGGUAUUUAGUACAGCAGCAAAUUAUCAAUAAUAAAUUUAUUCUUGAUUUUUACAAAGAAACGGGUUUAGAAUUUCAUUAUGAAGAUGAAAGUGUAUUAGAAGUUUGGAAAAAAGCUAAAAUUUUAGCCAAAUAUGAUAGGAUAGCUCUUUUUGGGCACUUGCAUUCAUCUGUUAUACAAGAACGAUCGAUUAAAUCUAUAGUUAUGUGUUCUUCACAACAUUGGCUUUCAAUUGAAAAGCUUGAUGCAGUUUUUGAUAGACAUAUAAAAUCACGAAAACUUAAUAUAAGUAGUAUAUUAGAAUGGCAUAGUUUAUUUUUUAAUUGGUUAAAAGAGGGACAUUCAAUUAUUCGAUUAGACAAAGCAUUACAAUCAGUAUAUUUACCAACAUAUCAAUUACAGAAUAAAAAUAUUCCUCGAAAACAUACACAGUUGUAUGGACCUGGAGAUGCACCCAUUAAUGUACCUAAAAAAAUAGUCAAAAAAAUGUCAGAUGUAAGAGAAAAAGAAUUCGAAUUAUUUUUUGCAGAUAAAUCUAAUGUAACCAUGGGUUCAUACCAAGUAGACAAAGCAACAAUUGCAUCUCAUAUUAAAUAUCGUGAAAACCUUGGAGAACUUUGCCAAAUAUAUAGCCAAUACGGAUUUAAAGUAUUUGAAGAUUUAAUUGCUAUAAUUAGAAAAUCUACUUUUAAUACAAGUCAACAAUUUAAAAAGAUACUUAAAAUGAGAAUUUGA